UUCAACCCCAAAAAUCAAACAACACUUCACUCUCAUUCCAAUGGAAAACCAGAAGGUCCAAGGGGUGGCGCACACCACCACCACCACCACCAAUCCCCGCGCCUUCCACCACUACAACGGCAGCGCCUAUGGCGGACGUGAAGAUUGCUGGACGGAAGGAGCAACCGGAGUCUUAAUCGAAGCUUGGGGAAAUCGAUAUCUCGAACUAAACCGUGGAAAUCUCCGUCAAAAAGAUUGGAAAGAAGUUGCAGAUUCAGUAAACAUUUAUCAUGUUAAACAAGGUAUUAAGAAUUUCUCAAGAACAGAUAUUCAGUGUAAGAAUCGAAUCGAUACUAUUAAAAAGAAGUAUAAAUCUGUGAAAUCUAAACCUAAUCCAUCUCAAUGGCCAUUUUUCGAGCGUUUACAUUCACUGAUUGGAGCUAAUUUUGCUCCUGUUAACAAGAAAUUAGCUUCAUCUUCAUCGUCUCCACAACCUAUUCAUUAUAGACCUCCUGGUAUGAAAAACCCUAACCCUAAUCUUGUUAUGUAUUCUGGUGGUGGAAUGUCGAAGAAGGCGAGGUUGGAUGAGGGUGAGUAUAGUGAUAGUUCUGAGGGUGAGGGUGAGGAUGAAUAUGAUGAUAGUGAGGGAGAUGAGGAGGGAAGAGAGGAGGAGGUGGAAGAAGAGGCUGAGGAAUUGGAAAGGAGUGGAGGAAGGAAACGGCGAGGGGGAGGGGAAGAUGGAGGAGGUGUAGGAGAGGGGUACAGAGAAUUGGCGAAAGCAGUAGUGAAGUUUGGGGAAAUGUAUGAGAGAAUUGAGUGUUCGAAACAACAACAAAUGAUGGAGUUGGAGAAACAAAGGAUGGAGUUUACUAAAGAGAUUGAGUUUCAAAGGAUGCAAAUGUUUAUGGAUGCACAACUUAAGGUUGAGAAGAGGAAGCGUCCAAAGCAUUCGUCGUCUGCUAGUAAUGGUGGUGAGUCCUUAGGGUUUGAUCCUUUACUCUUCUUUUCUCUUUCGAGUUUUCAAUUCUGAAUUGAAUGGCUGCUGUUGUUGUACGUACUCGUUUAUUUUGAGCUAUACUUGCUGCAUUGUAAGUCUAGAAAAGCCUGUUUUGUCAUUUUGUUGUGAAAAUGAAAACAAUUGUAUGAGGUGGGUAUGGGUAGUAUGAUAGUUGAAUUCCACAUAACUAGAUAACAGAAUGUAGUAAGACUUGACUGAUUCUCGUACUUGUUUGGUUGGUUGUAAAUAUAUUAUUAGAGAUUAUAUUUAUGAGAUUAUGAUUGUGAUUUUUGUA